GAUGGUGGCACUAGCCACACUUCAGCCACCUGCUGCCCCACUGGUGCAUGCAAGGUCCCGAGCAAACCGAAGUGAUAGAAAAAAUAUAAAUGACUCGAAUCAGCACUGCACACUUGCCCACCACGCCCAGGCACUCAACAUGGCUUCUUCAACCAUUGUCGACAUUGAUCUCAAAGGUCUUCUUCCAAAAGUAGCCUCUGGAAAAGUUCGAGACUUGUUCGCCAUUGACGACAAUACCCUUUUGUUUGUUGCGAGUGACCGCAUCUCCGCAUAUGAUGUAGUCAUGCAGAAUGUACGUUCAUACAAUUCCCGAAGUCAGCAACUGAUACUAAUUUCUCUGAAAGGGAAUUCCAGGAAAAGGCGCACUGCUUACAGCAAUGAGGUAUACACAAACUUCCCCAAUUAUAUAUUAUUCACCCCUAAUGCAUACAGCGUGUAUUGGUUCAAGUAUCUUCAGAAUCGAAUCCCCACAUUGAAGACACACUUCAUCAAACAGUCUUUACCAGAAGAUGUUGAGUCAUCGCUAGGCGACCAGUCACUUCUUGGUUCGCUCCAAAAGCGAAGCAUGCAGGUACGGCGUCUGCAAAUCGUGCCUGUGGAAUCCAUCGUUCGAGGGUACAUCACCGGUUCUGGGUGGGCAGAGUACAAGAAAUCCGGCACUGUGAACGGCAUCAAACUUCCGUCCGGAUUGUUAGAGGGCCAACAGCUCCCGAAACCCUUGUGGACACCCAGCACCAAAGCAGAAGCUGGCGCGAAAGAUGAGAACAUCAGUCCCGAGAAGGCGAGGGAACUCAUUGGUGAUGCGACGGUAGCCAAGCGGAUCGAGGAGUUGAGUCUCGAGAUAUACACCACAGCGGCUAAGCGGGCCGAAGAAGUCGGCAUCAUCCUUGCUGAUACCAAAUUCGAGUUCGGUUUGACGAGCGAAAACGAGGUGGUGCUUGUUGAUGAGGUCUUAACGCCAGAUAGCAGCCGCUUCUGGCCAAAGGACACUUGGGAGCAAAACAUCGGGAAGCAACAACCUAGCUUCGACAAACAGUACUUGCGAGACUGGCUAGUAGAUCAGGGUCUCAAGGGUAAAGAAGGUGUCGUUAUCCCAGAGAACAUUGCUGCGCAGACCGCUGUCAAGUAUGGAGAGGCGUACCAGAUGCUUACUGGCGAGAAACUCCAUGCCGCGUAG